UCGUUCACACACCCAUUGCGUUCCUAUCUUCAUUGCAUUUUCGAACGCCGUGCGUAGUCCAUUCUCUCAUUCAUUUGCAUUUACUGUCACCCAGUUUGAAUUAAGUUUCUAAAGUAAUUCAUAUGUGAUUUUAAUAAUGGCUAGUUCACGCAUUUUUGGUGCUUUAUCUAAAAUUAAUCAACGCAAUGCCAGAUUUUUUAACAGAAAUAUUUGUAAGUGUAUGAAUUUUGUACAAAAAUUAUUUUCUAUCAACACGGCUGCUGAAACUUCGAAACACGUUAGGACGAAAAUAGUAGACAAUGUCUGUGUUAUUACAAUUGAUUCUCCCAAUGUUAAGGUCAACUCACUCAGCCAGGGCGUCAUUUCUGAAAUGGUGGCUGCAUUUCAAGAGGUUCAGUCCAAUCCUGCUGUUCAGUCUGCGGUGAUAAUUUCUGGAAAACCUGGUUGUUUUAUCGCUGGUGCCGACAUUUCUAUGUUAGAACAAUGCAAAACUGCUGCAGAUGCCACUAAAAUGGCUUCAGAAGGUCAAAAAGUGUUUGAAUCAAUGGAAAAAUCGAAAAAACCAAUUGUAGCUGCUAUACAAGGUGUUUGUUUGGGAGGAGGUUUGGAGGUAGCACUUGCAUGCCAUUAUCGAAUUGCAGUUAAAGAUGGCAAAACUGGUUUGGGGCUUCCUGAAGUAAUGUUGGGUCUUCUUCCUGGAGCAGGUGGCACUCAGAGAUUACCAAAACUUGUGUCAUUACCUGAUGCUUUAGAUUUAACUCUCACAGGCAAAACAGUGAAAGCGGCCAAAGCCAAGCAACUGGGCAUUGUUGAUUUACUUGUUGAUCCUUUAGGACCUGGAUUAAAUUCUCCCGAAGCAAAUACUGCAGAAUAUUUGGAAAAAGUUGCUGUUGAAACGGCAAAAAAUUUGGCAUCUGGUGCUUUAACUGUAGACCGAACUAAAAAAGGAUUAUUUAAUACUGUCUUAAAUUUUGCAUUACAAUUUAAUUUUGUGAAGGACCAAGUCUUUGGGAAAGCUAAGCAACAAGUAAUGAAACUAAGCGGUGGACUGUAUCCAGCUCCUUUAAGGAUUUUAGAUGUUAUUCGUACUGGAGUUGAUAAAGGACCUGCAGCUGGUUAUGAAGCAGAAGCAAAAGCAUUUGGUGAUUUGUUGCAAACCCCAGAAUCAAAUGGCUUGAUAGGCUUAUUUAGAGGUCAAACAGAAUGUAAAAAAAAUAGAUUUGGAGCACCAGAGAAGAAAACUGAAAAGAUUGCAGUUGUUGGUGCUGGUUUAAUGGGUGCAGGAAUUGCUCAUGUUUCUAUUGACAAAGGUUACAAAGUUGUAUUAAAAGACACUAACCGGCCAGGUCUUGGCAGAGGUAUAGGCCAAAUCCAAACAGGCAUGGCCAAUGCUGUUAAGAGAAAGAGAAUGACCCAAGUUGAAUGUGAUAAAUAUAUGGCAAAUCUAGAUCCAGUAUUAGACUAUACCUCUUUCAAAGAUGUAGAUAUGGUGAUUGAAGCUGUGUUUGAGGAUAUUAAUCUUAAACAUAAGGUUAUUAAAGAAAUUGAAGCAGUUGUUUCGAAAGAUUGCAUUAUUGCAACAAACACUAGUGCUAUUCCAAUAACAAAAAUAGCUGCUGGUAGUUCAAGACCUGAAAAAGUAAUAGGAAUGCAUUAUUUUUCACCCGUUGAUAAAAUGCAAUUGCUUGAAAUUAUCACACAUGAUAAAACAAGCAAGGAUACAUGUGCGGCAGCUGUUGAUGUCGGCUUGAAACAAGGAAAAGUAGUCAUUACUGUUGGAGAUGGACCAGGUUUCUAUACAACUAGAAUUUUGUCGACAAUGUUAUCAGAGGCUAUCAGACUUCUUCAAGAAGGUUUAGAACCAACUGAUUUAGACAAAAUCACAAAAUCUUUUGGAUUCCCUGUUGGCGCAGCUACAUUAGCUGAUGAAGUAGGAAUUGAUGUAGGAUCCCAUAUCGCUGUUGACCUUGCUAAGGCAUUUGGUGAUAGAAUUAGUGGUGGUGAUUUAAAUAUUAUGACCGACUUAGUUAAGGAGGGAUUUAUGGGUAGGAAAUCUGGAAGAGGUAUAUUUAUGUAUCAAAAUAAGAGCAAAUCAAAGGAAGUCAAUCUAGGUGCUUUGGAUGUUUUAAAAAGAUAUAAACUUGAACCAAAAGGUGCUGAUAGUGUUGAAGAUCGGCAAUUAAGGAUGGUUUCAAGAUUUGUUAAUGAAGCAGUUUUAUGCCUCGAAGAAAAAAUAUUGGCCAAUCCACUUGAAGGUGAUGUAGGUGCUGUAUUUGGUCUUGGAUUCCCACCAUUUACUGGGGGUCCUUUCAGAUGGGUUGACCGUUUUGGAGCAGCAAAUUUAGUUUCAAAAAUGAAUUCAUAUGCAGCAUUAUAUGGAGCACCAUUCAAGCCAGCUGAAACCUUGGUUGAAAUGGCAAAAGAUCCCAGCAAGAAAUUUUACCCAAAGUAAUAAUAUCAUGCAUUUGUAAAUAGAGUUUAACUUGACUGAUAUGAAGAAUAAUUAAAUUAAGUUGACUUAAAAAAAUGGCAAAUCCAUCAUCAAUUAAUUUUAGACAUGGAGUAUUAGUACCUGCUGCAAAGUUGUAACAGUCUGAAGACUUCAGCAAAUUGGGAUUUGUAAGGCACAUUUGUUUCUUGUGCCAUGUAUUGGAGCAUAAUUGUUCAUGUUUAGCAUUUUAUAAAUUUUAUUAUAUCUGU